UCCGCCUGCGACAGGAAGGCUGAGAUUCUUCUCUUAUUCCGAGGCGGGGGAGCAAAAGGCGCGGUUUGAGUUGGAGGCGUUGCUAGGCAACGGGGCUCCUUUGCCGCACAACAUUCUCUGGGACCGGUCCGCAGGGAACCGAGAGGAGAUGCCGAUGAGCGACAGGCGCUUCCAAGCCUCCCCACCCCACUUUUAGUUCCCACUCCAUUUUAUUCAGCGUAGGGGCAAGCAGUUGGCUACCCAGCCAUGAGCGACGAGCAGUCCAAACCACCCAACAAAGGGAAAUUAGAGAAGCCUACAGCAAAAUUUUUACCACUGGUGAAUAAGAUAAGCUGUAAGCCACUAUGGUAUCAGAAUCCUCCGUCAUUCCACCUGCGGGGAGAGAAAGACACUAAUGUUCCAGAGGAGUUCAUGAUAAAAAAUGAACUAACAGCUGGAGAAUAUCUGGCUCAGAUGCCUAAGAAACGUAAGUUACAGGAGCCUCCAGCGAGUGACCUUGGUGCAGGACCAUCAACCUCCAAAGCAAAAACUGGCGGUAAAAAGAACCGGGAAAAUUUCAGAAGUGCUCUUGUUAACAUCAUCAUGCAACCGGACCUUACUGAGGAAGAAGAGCUUUCCUUAGAAGAAGCAAAACCUGGCACAUCAGAGACAGCAGCAAUAGAGAAAGAUAUUUUGAAAUACUACUACUACAUUCGCCAUGGGAUAGAUACAGAACAUGUGGCCCCAAUGGAGGACUCCUGGCUGGAGCAUGUCUUGGCACUUGUACCACAACAUUUAAAAGUGCUCAGUGAAAGCAUCUAUGCUCUCUCAGAUGAAAUGAGAGAGGACUAUCUUCUCAGUGUAAAGAAAGCAAUAGUUGACUUUGUUUUAAGAGACCCCAGAGAAAAAGAGGAAGGCAAGAAGCAAGUUCUUCCACCUCAUCGUGAAGAAAUGGAAGUAGUACCCAAACCUUGGAAUAAGUCCUACAUUGCAGCUCGUGCCUAUAUAAAUGAAAAUUUGCAUGCAAUGAAUCCCACUAUGUUGGCUGUUCUAGAUCUCUGGCAGACAUCUUUUAAAGAUUUGCGCUUAGUUGAUAAAGAAUCAUUUCAUCAUCGUCAGGAAUCGAUGGAGCUCUCGUUCUUCCAGAAUAUAGUUGUGAGGCAUAUGGAAUCCACCAAAGAUACUCUUUUUAAAAAGUGGUUUCCAGAAGUGCAAAAUAUCUAUUAUCAAGGCAAUAAACGAAAGCAAGUGCCCACAAAUGCCAGCAGUGCUAAAUUAGAGGCCUUCUUCAACUGUGCUGCUGCCUUAAUGACCCAGCAACUUCAACGUUUAGCUUUAGUUUCAAUGCAGGAUUUUACAGAUUUAAUUGUGCCGCCUCCAAAAUCUUUUCGAGCCUAUGAGCAUCCAGGAUUUAUAAUGAGGUUGAUUCUUGAAAAUGAGAGCGUUAAGUUUGAACCUACCUUUUCUGACUAUGAAACCAUAUUUCUGAAUAUUUAUUCAGUUAUGGUGAAAGCUGUUAAUCUGUUGCCAAGAGUGGAGACCAAGCUUUAUUCAAAGUGGCCUGAAAGCAAGACCAGAUCCAUGAACUUGAGACCUGUAAUCCUUGAUGAAAUUUUGGAGGCGCAUAAGCAGAAGGUUAGAGAUGAGAUUGCUAAAGAGAGUAUAGCACCCAUUGAGCACCUCAAACUCUACGAUAAGUACCAGGAUUUGAUAAACAAACAAGCAGAUCGGGACACUGAUCAGUUUCUAUCAGAAGAGCACACCUUUGAAGAAAUAACAGGAGAAAUUGCCAAGUACCAAAAUCUCCGGGAUGAAAUUCAGUACAAUUCUAGAAAGUGCAUUCGUCUAGGAAUGUUUGAGUUACACUGUGAUGAACUGAUUAGAUCACUGACAAAGCGAGCUGAUUCUAUUUGUUCCAAAAUCAUUGCCAAAAUGUUUAAAGAUCAUCAGGAUUUAAAUAUGAGGCUCUGUGAUGAGUUUGAAAAAAUAGCAGAGAAAGCCCUUUCAACUCCAUCAAAUACGCAUGAACUAAUGGAAUUUAAGGCUUAUAUCGAGAAAGUGGAAACUGUUGAUAUGCUCGAGAUGGAACAGAAAUUAAUUGAAUCCAAAAAUUGCCUUGCCUUCCUGAUAGAGUGUACAAACUUUUCACCAGUAGAUAUUCGACUGAACAAUAGCGUCUUUCAGUGGUAUGGACGAAUGGGGGAGAUUUUUGAAGAACACAGAAAGAUCAUUAAAGAGAAAACAGAACAAUUUCAAGAAGGACUUAAAAUGCGCUGUGAGAGAUUUGUUGAGGAGCUGGAGAGUUAUGCUAAGCAAGUUGAAGAAUUUUAUUCUUAUGGGGACAUUCAGGAAGUCAAUAGGUAUCUGAAAAAAGCCCAGGCACUGAAUACAAAGCUAGAUGCAGCUGCUGAUAAGAUUGAUCAGUUUAAUGCAGAGGAGGAGGCCUAUGGAUGGUUGGCAUCUCAGUAUCCUCAACGUAAAAAAAUCCAAGAUACCCUAAAUCCAUAUCUUCGACUUUAUGAUAUGACAGUAGAGUUUAACACCAAAUACAGAAACUGGAUGGAUGGAAUAUUCACCAAGGUGAAUCCAGAUCAAGUUGAGAUGGAUACAGGGAACUACUGGCGGGCACUAUACAAAUUAGAAAAAACCUUCCAUGAUUCUCCAAAUGCAUUAUUUCUAACGACAAGGGUCAGGACAAAAGUCGAGGAAUUUAAGGAACACAUUCCAUUGAUCCAAGUGAUUUGCAACCCUGGCUUGCAAGACCGACAUUGGGAAGCCAUGUCAGAAAUAGUUGGGUACCCUCUGAAGCCCUCUGAAGAUUCAACUGUCUCUUCAUAUAUUGAUAUGCACCUUGAGCAAUUCCUGGAAAAAUUUGAAGGCAUCAGUGAAACAGCCAGCAAAGAACAUUCACUUGAGAAGGCCAUGGUGAAAAUGAUGUCAGAAUGGGAUGCUAUGGAAUUUGUUCUUCUUGCUUAUAGAGAAACAGGGACUCACAUUUUAUCAUCUGUGGAUGAUAUUCAGAUGUUGCUGGAUGACCACAUUGUCAAAACCCAGACCAUGAGAGGAUCUCCUUUCAUUAAACCUUAUGAAAAAAGGAUGAGGGAAUGGGAAUCAAAGCUUUUGUUGGUACAGGAAAUCUUGGACGAAUGGCUCAAAGUUCAGGCUACCUGGCUAUAUUUGGAACCAAUUUUUAGUUCUCCUGACAUUAUGGCUCAGAUGCCUGAAGAAGGCAGGCGAUUCACCACUGUAGACAAAACGUGGAAGGAUAUCAUGAAAUGUGCCAUUCAGGACAAACAUGUUCUUACAGUAGUGAUGAUAGAGAAAAUGCUGGAAAAACUGAAGAAGUGUAACGAGUUACUAGAAUUAAUUCUUAAGGGACUGAAUGAGUAUUUAGAAAAGAAGCGUCUCUUCUUCCCCAGAUUCUUCUUCUUAUCCAACGAUGAACUGCUUGAGAUUCUCUCAGAGACCAAAGAUCCUACACGGGUAAAGCCUCACUUGAAAAAGUGUUUUGAAGGAAUUGCCAGUGUUGAGUUUACCGAAGUCUUGGAUAUCACACACAUAAAAAGCAGUGAAGGAGAAGUUGUCGCGCUGAUGAACACAAUAUCUACUUCUAAGGCUAGAGGCCAAGUGGAAAAAUGGCUAGUUGAGUUGGAAGCAGCUAUGGUCAAUGCCAUCCACAAGGUGAUUGGUUUUGCAAUAGAAGCCUAUCCAAAAUCUCUCCGUAUAAACUGGGUAAGGGAAUGGCCUGGGCAGACAGUUCUUUGUGUAUCUCAGGCUUUCUGGACCUUGGAAGUACAAACAGCUAUUAGAAAUGGCCAGCAGGCACUUGAGAACUAUCUGACCCAGUGCAAUGGGCAGAUUGAUGGCAUUGUCACCUUGGUGCGAGGAAAGUUAUCAAAGCAGAAUCGAGUGACUCUUGGAGCACUUGUUGUACUCGAUGUUCAUGCUAGGGAUGUUCUUGCAUCCCUAGUAAGCAAACAUGUCAACGAUGACAGCGACUUUGAAUGGCUAAGCCAGCUUAGGUACUACUGGGAGGAAGGUCAUCUACAAACAAAGAUGAUCAAUGCUGGUUUGCGGUAUGGGUAUGAAUAUCUUGGUAAUACCCCUAGAUUGGUUAUUACCCCACUUACUGAUAGAUGCUACAGAACUCUAUUUGGUGCUCUCCACCUUCAUCUUGGUGGUGCUCCUGAAGGUCCUGCUGGAACUGGAAAAACUGAAACAACAAAGGACUUAGCAAAGGCUGUAGCCAAGCAAUGUGUGGUUUUCAAUUGUUCUGAUGGACUGGAUUAUCUCGCUCUAGGAAAAUUCUUUAAGGGCUUGCUUUCCUGUGGAGCCUGGGCUUGCUUCGAUGAAUUUAACAGAAUUGACUUGGAAGUACUUUCCGUCGUUGCUCAGCAGAUUCUUACUAUCCAGAGAGGUAUCAAUGCUGGCUGUGACUUACUGGUAUUUGAAGGCACUGAGCUGAAACUUAACCCAACGUGUGCUGUCUUUAUAACGAUGAAUCCUGGCUAUGCUGGACGCUCAGAACUUCCAGACAACCUUAAGGCUCUGUUUCGGACCGUGGCUAUGAUGGUACCCGAUUACGCCAUGAUUGCUGAAAUUGUCCUAUAUUCCUGUGGGUUUGUUACUGCUCGACCUCUGUCGGUGAAAAUUGUAGCUACCUAUCGCCUGUGUUCAGAGCAGUUGUCUUCUCAGCACCACUAUGAUUACGGAAUGAGAGCUGUGAAGUCAGUGCUUACUGCAGCUGGAAAUCUGAAGCUGAAAUAUCCAGAUGAAAAUGAAGAGAUUUUGCUACUUAGGUCCAUUAUAGAUGUAAAUUUACCUAAGUUUUUAUCCCAUGAUCUACCACUUUUUGAGGGCAUUACUUCUGAUUUGUUUCCUGGUGUGAAGCUGCCGAAACCAGAUUACAAUGACAUCCUAGAAGCCAUCAAGAUAAAUUGUGAUGAAAUGAAUUUACAAAUGACAAAAUUCUUUUCUGAGAAAAUUUUACAGAUAUUUGAAAUGAUGAUUGUGCGACAUGGUUUCAUGAUAGUUGGAGAGCCCUUUGGUGGAAAGACAUCGGCGUAUCGGGUUUUGGCAGCUGCUUUGGGUGACCUGUGUGAAAAAGGGCUGAUGGAGGAAAAUAAAGUCCAGAUUACUGUUAUCAACCCCAAAGCUAUAACCAUGGGGCAGCUGUAUGGACAAUUUGAUCCUGUCUCCCAUGAGUGGUCUGAUGGAGUUCUGGCUGUGAGUUUUAGGGCGUUUGCUUCUUCAUCUACACCUGAUAGGAAGUGGCUUAUUUUUGACGGACCAGUGGAUGCAGUGUGGAUUGAGAAUAUGAAUACCGUACUGGAUGAUAACAAGAAACUCUGUUUGAUGAGUGGUGAGAUCAUCCAGAUGUCACAGCAAAUGAGCCUUAUUUUUGAACCAAUGGACUUAGAAGUUGCUUCUCCUGCUACUGUUUCUAGAUGUGGCAUGGUCUACAUGGAACCACACAUGUUAGGCUGGAGACCAUUGAUGUUAUCUUGGUUACAUCUAAUGCCACCCACGGUCACUCCUCUACAUAAAGAGUUUAUAACAGGCUUGUUUGACAGAAUAGUCCCACUUUCUGUUGAGUUUAUUAGAAAGUGUACAAAGGAACUGUCUCCUACAUCAGACACAAACUUGGUUCGAUCGUUAAUGAAUCUAAUGGAUUGCUUGAUGGAUGAGUUUCACAAUGAAGCAAAACUUAAAACCAUUACUGACCGUGAAAUUUUUUCUUGGCUUGAGAGCAUUUUUGUGUUUUCUCUCACCUGGUCUGUUGGAGCCAGCUGUAAAGAAGAUGAUCGGCUGAAAUUUGACAAGAUAGUGCGAGAAUUGCUUGAAGGGCCAAUGAGCGAGGAGACAAGAGAAAAAUAUAAAUUGUUAAGUGGCCUUGAGCACCACCGUGCAAAAAUACUGACUGUCCCCUAUCCAGAAGAUGGAACAAUUUAUGAUUACCGGUUUGUCAAAGAUGGAGCAGGAAGGUGGGAGCCUUGGGUGGAAGCACUUCAGACGGCUCCACCUAUAUCGAAAGAUAUGAUGUUUAAUGAAAUAAUUGUCCCCACUCUGGACACCAUUCGAUAUUUUUCAUUGAUGGAAUUGUUGACAAUGCAUCAAAAACCAUCCAUAUUUGUUGGACCAACAGGAACUGGCAAGAGUGUAUAUAUUAUAGAUUUUCUCUUAAACCGCUUAAAUAAGGAAAUCUACAAACCAUUGCUCAUUAACUUCUCAGCACAGACUACAGCAGCUCAGACUCAGAACAUCAUUAUGUCGAAGCUGGAUAAAAGGAGAAAAGGAGUCUUUGGUCCCCCUCUAGGAAAGAAGAUGGUUGUAUUUGUGGAUGAUGUCAAUAUGCCAGCAAGAGAAGUUUAUGGUGCUCAGCCUCCAGUGGAGUUACUCCGUCAGUGGUUAGAUCACUGGAACUGGUAUGACCUGAAAGACUGCUCUGUGAUUAAACUUGUGGAUAUUCAAAUCAUGUGUGCCAUGGGGCCACCAGGUGGAGGUCGAAACCCAAUCACUCCUCGGUAUUUACGACACUUCAAUACAGUUACCAUCAAUGAGUUUGAUGAUGCUUCAAUGUAUACCAUUUUCUCCAGGAUAUUAGAUUGGCAUCUUACUAUAUGUUACAGCUUCCCCCCGGAAUGUGUUGAACUGACUUCACAGAUUAUAAAUGGCACCAUGAGGGUAUAUAAAGAGGCUAUGGAGAAUCUGCUCCCAACUCCAACUAAAUCACAUUACUUGUUCAACCUGCGUGAUUUCUCUCGUGUUAUUCAAGGUGUUUGCCUGUCGAGACCUGAAACGACAGAAUCAUCUGGAACAAUAAAACGCCUUUGGGUUCAUGAGGUCCUUAGGGUGUAUUAUGAUCGCUUAGUAGAUAAAGCAGACCGGUCAUGGCUUGUUGGUUGCAUCCAAGCAGUAAUGAAAAGCCACUUUGAAGAAGACUUUGAUGUGCUUUUCCAGAGAUUGGACUUCAAUUAUGAUGGUAUGGUGGAAGAGGAUGAUUUGCGAAGUCUGAUGUUCUGCGAUUUUCAUGAUCCUAAAAGGGAAGAUACAAACUACAGAGAGGUCUUGGAUCUUGAUCAUUUGAGGAUUGUUGUAGAGGGCCAUUUGGAAGAAUACAAUCAGAUGAGCAAGAAACCCAUGCAGCUGGUUUUAUUCCGAUUUGCAAUAGAACACGUUUGUAGAAUUUCCCGUAUUCUAAAACAACCUCGUAGCCAUGCCCUUCUGGUUGGUGUUGGAGGAAGUGGCCGGCAGUCCCUAACUCGUUUAGCUGCAUAUAUGUCAGAUUAUACACCUUUUCAGGUUGAAAUAUCAAAGAGUUAUGGGAGCAAUGAAUGGCGUGAAGACUUAAAAGUCAUCCUAAAGAGAUCUACUGAAGGUGAGAUGCAAGGAGUUUUCUUAUUCACUGAUACUCAGAUAAAAAGGGAGUCAUUUUUAGAAGACAUCAACAACUUAUUAAAUGCUGGAGAAGUACCAAACCUUUUUGCAGUAGAUGAGAAGCAAGAAGUUUGUGAAAAGAUGCGUCAAAUAGACCGCCAGCGUGAUAGAACAAAGCAGACAGAUGGUAGCCCCAUUGCCCUUUUCAACAUGUUCAUUGACCGCUGCCGAGACCAGUUGCAUGUUGUAUUGGCCAUGAGUCCCAUUGGAGAUGCAUUCCGAAAUCGUCUUCGAAAGUUUCCAGCUCUUGUUAACUGCUGCACUAUUGACUGGUUUCAGUCAUGGCCUACAGAUGCACUGCAGGCUGUUGCCACUCGCUCCCUGGAAGAUAUUGAAAUGUCAGAGGAAACUCGGAAUGGAUGCAUUGAUAUGUGUAAAAAAUUUCAUACUACUACCAUUAAUUUGUCUGAAUUGUUCUUUAACGAACUCCAGAGACACAAUUAUGUAACACCUACUUCAUACCUGGAGUUAAUUUCCACAUUCAAAUCUCUAUUGGAAAAGAACAGAGCCCAGGUGAUGAAAAUGAAGAAAAGAUAUGAAGUUGGCUUGCAGAAACUGGACUCAGCGGCGUCCCAGGUGGCCACAAUGCAGGUGGAACUGGAAGCCUUGCAGCCCCAGCUCAGGGUCGCUAGCAAGCAGGUUGACGAGAUGAUGAUAGUUAUUGAGAAGGAGUCCUUAGAAGUUGCUAAAACUGAAAAAAUAGUGAAAGCUGAUGAAAUUGUGGCUAACGAACAAGCAAUGGCUGCCAAAGCAAUCAAAGAUGAAUGUGAUGCUGAUCUUGCAGAAGCCUUGCCGAUCCUGGAAAGUGCCCUGGCUGCUCUUGACACUCUGACUGCACAGGAUAUUACAGUUGUAAAGUCUAUGAAGAGUCCUCCUGCUGGUGUGAAGCUUGUUAUGGAAGCCAUUUGCAUCUUGAAAGGCAUCAAGGCAGAUAAAAUUCCAGAUCCAACAGGCACAGGAAAAAAGAUAGAAGAUUUCUGGGGUCCAGCUAAGAAACUCCUGGGGGACAUGAAAUUUCUGCAGUCACUUCAUGAAUAUGACAAGGAUAACAUCCCUCCAGCAUAUAUGAGUGUCAUUAGAAAACAGUACAUCACCAAUCCUGAAUUUGUGCCUGAGAAGGUUCGGAAUGCUUCCACGGCUGCGGAAGGGCUGUGCAAAUGGGUCAUAGCCAUGGAUUCCUAUGAUAAAGUGGCAAAAGUCGUUGCUCCUAAGAAGAUAAAGCUGAAUGCAGCUGAAGGGGAACUGAAAAUUGCUAUGGAUGGUUUGAAAAAGAAACAAGCAGCCCUAAAGGAAGUUCAGGACAAACUAGCUAAACUUCAAAAGACACUAGAACAAAAGAAGCAGGAGAAAGCAGAUCUGGAGAACCAGGUUGACCUGUGCAGCAAAAAGCUGGAUCGAGCAGAAAAAUUACUUGGUGGCCUUGGAGGUGAGAAAACCCGCUGGAGCCAGACAGCUUUGGAACUGGGAAAGCAGUACAUUAAUUUGACAGGCGAUAUCCUCAUCUCAUCAGGCAUUGUAGCUUAUUUGGGAGCCUUCACAUCCAGCUACCGACAAAACCAGGCACGUGACUGGAUAUUGACCUGCAAAGCAAGAGGCAUUCCUUGCUCAGAUGAUUUUUCACUAACAACAACUUUAGGAGAGCCGAUUAAAAUCAGAGCCUGGAACAUUGCUGGGUUGCCUUCUGACUCCUUUUCCAUCGACAAUGGUAUUAUUAUCUCGAAUGCGAGAAGAUGGCCUCUCAUGAUAGAUCCUCAGGGUCAAGCAAACAAGUGGGUGAAGCACAUGGAAAAAGCCAACAGUUUGCACGUUAUCAAACUCAGUGAUACUGAAUUUGUGAGAACACUAGAAAACUGUGUUCAGUUUGGCACACCUGUGCUGCUGGAAAAUGUGGGUGAAGAACUGGAUCCUAUUCUUGAGCCACUUCUGCUUAAGCAGACAUUCAAACAGGCUGGCAGCAUCUGCAUCCGUUUAGGGGAUUCCACCAUUGAAUAUGCUCCUGACUUUCGCUUUUAUAUUACAACCAAGUUGAGAAACCCACAUUACCUCCCUGAAACGUCUGUCAAAGUAACAUUAUUAAACUUUAUGAUAACAUCAGAGGGGAUGCAAGAUCAGCUUCUUGGAAUAGUUGUUGCAAGAGAGAGACCUGAUCUUGAAGAAGAGAAGCAAGCACUAAUUUUGCAAGGAGCUGAAAACAAAAGGCAGCUAAAAGAAAUAGAGGACAAAAUUUUAGAAGUUCUUUCAUCUUCUGAAGGAAAUAUUUUAGAGGACGAAACUGCCAUCAAGAUACUGUCAUCUUCUAAGGCACUGGCUAAUGAAAUUUCAGAAAAGCAAGCUAUAGCGGAAGAAACGGAAAAGAAGAUAGAUGCUACCCGAAUGGGCUACCGUCCCAUUGCAAUUCAUUCAUCGAUUCUGUUUUUUUCAAUUGCUGAUCUAGCCAAUAUUGAGCCCAUGUACCAGUAUUCCCUCACAUGGUUCAUCAACCUUUUUAUCAUGUCCAUAGAUCAUUCUGAGAAGUCAGAUGUUUUACAAGACAGACUGAAGAUUCUCAAAGACCAUUUUACUUACUCCCUCUAUGUCAACAUCUGCCGUUCUCUCUUUGAAAAAGACAAGCUGCUCUUCUCCUUCUGCUUAAACGUGAACCUUUUGAAGCAUGAUAAAUUGAUUGAUGAGACUGAAUGGAAAUUUUUGCUAACAGGAGGCAUAGGCCUGGACAAUCCCUACUCCAAUCCUUGCCCUUGGCUUCCCCAGAAAUCAUGGGAUGAAAUCUGCCGCCUUGAUGAUUUGCCAGGCUUCAGAAGCAUUCGGAAGGAAUUUAUGCACUUGAAGGACGGAUGGAAAUCAGUCUAUGAUAGUUUGGAACCUCAUCACGAGACAUUUCCAGAGGAGUGGCAAGAAAAAGUGGGGGAGUUCCAAAGGAUGCUCAUCAUUCGCUGCCUGAGACCUGACAAAAUUAUUCCAAUGGUGCAGGAGUUUAUCAUUGGCAACUUGGGGCGUAUGUUUAUUGAACCACCUCCGUUUGAUUUGUCCAAAGCUUUUGGUGACAGUCAUUGCUGUGCCCCAUUGAUUUUUGUGUUGUCUCCUGGUGCAGAUCCUAUGGCGGCUCUUCUCAAGUUUGCUGAUGACCAGGGCUUUGGUGCAUCAAAACUGACCUCCUUGUCACUGGGCCAAGGCCAAGGCCCCAUUGCCAUGCGCAUGAUUGAGAAAGCAGUGAAAGAAGGCUCUUGGGUAGUUCUGCAGAAUUGUCACCUCGCAACAUCGUGGAUGCCAACCCUGGAAAAAGUCUGUGAGGAACUAAAUCCAGACACGACACAUCCCGAUUUCCGCCUGUGGCUCACGAGCUACCCAUCUCCCAAUUUCCCCGUUUCUGUGCUCCAGAAUGGAGUGAAGAUGACGAAUGAGGCACCGAAAGGUUUACGGGCUAAUGUUAUCCGUUCAUAUCUGAUGGACCCCAUCUCUGAUUCUGAGUUUUUUAACAGCUGCAAAAGGCCUGCUGAAUUCAAGAAGCUACUAUAUGGCCUCUGUUUCUUUCAUGCAUUGGUCCAAGAGAGGCGAAAAUUUGGGCCACUGGGUUGGAAUAUUCCUUAUGAGUUCAAUGAGACUGACCUGCGGAUCAGCGUGCAGCAGUUGAAUAUGUUUCUAAAUCAAUAUGAGGAGUUGCCAUUUGAUGCUAUCCGCUACAUGACAGGUGAAUGCAAUUAUGGAGGCAGAGUGACCGAUGACUGGGACCGGCGCACACUGCGCAGCAUUUUAAACAAGUUCUACAACCCUGUCAUUGUUAUGGAUCUGAACUACAAGUUUGAUUCCAGUGGCCUUUAUUAUGCUCCUCCUGAAGGAGAGUAUCAAAGCUACAUUGAAUAUACGAAGACCCUUCCUUUGAACCCUGCUCCAGAGAUCUUUGGGAUGAACGCCAAUGCUGAUAUCACAAAAGAUCAAUCCGAAACUCAAUUAUUGUUUGAUAAUAUCCUUCUCACGCAGUCUCGUGCGUCGGGUGCUGGUGCCAAAUCAUCCGAUGAAGUUGUUCGUGAGGUGGCAAGCGACAUCCAAAGCAAACUUCCUGCUGAUUUUAACAUUGAAGCAGCGAUGAGGAGAUACCCGACAACUUAUACCCAGAGCAUGAACACCGUGCUUGUCCAAGAGAUGGGCCGAUUUAACAAAUUGCUACAAACUAUACGAGAAUCCUGUAUCAACAUUCAGAAAGCAAUCAAGGGUCUGGUUGUGAUGUCUGCGGAAUUGGAAGAGGUGGUAAAUAGCAUGUUGAAGGGCAAAAUUCCAGGCAUGUGGAUGAAUAAGUCUUACCCAAGCCUCAAACCGCUUGGCAGCUAUGUGAAUGAUUUUCUUACCAGACUGAAGUUCUUGCAGACAUGGUACGAGAAUGGAACGCCUCCAACAUUUUGGCUUUCUGGGUUUUUCUUCACGCAAGCCUUCUUAACUGGUGCCCAGCAGAAUUAUGCCAGGAAAUACACUAUCCCGAUAGAUCUGCUAGGGUUUGACUAUGAAGUCCUGGAAGACAAAGAAUACAAGCAUGCACCUGAAGAUGGAGUCUAUAUUCAUGGACUGUUCUUAGAUGGAGCUCGGUGGAACAGGAAGAAUAAGAAGCUAGGGGAAUCGCACCCCAAAAUCCUUUAUGAUACUAUGCCAGUGAUGUGGCUAAAGCCUUGCAGAAGAUCAGAUAUUCCUGAAAGACCCAGUUACUUGUCUCCAGUAUACAAGACAAGUGAGAGAAGAGGAACCCUCUCGACUACUGGCCACUCCACCAAUUUUGUGAUCGCAAUGAUACUUCCUUCAGACAAACCAGAACAACACUGGAUUGGACGAGGGGUGGCUCUUUUAUGCCAACUUAACUCAUAACCCAAAGCACAGAGAAGAGACUGGUCUCAGAUCUUACCACAUCUAUGUUUUGCAAUUUUAACUACUACUAAAGAAAAACAAAUGUUUGGAAG